AUGACGGCAACGCAACGAGAUAUUCAGUUGUUGAUUGAAUGUUGUAUCUGCUGUGAUUAUUUGACCGAUGUACGUGAAACGCCUUGUUGUCAUCAGCUGUUUUGUCUAACAUGUAUACAAUCGUGGCUUCAAACAGCGACAAAGAACUGUCCUCGAUGUCGAUCAACAACUUUAACCGAAGAAAAUUUGAUGAAUAAUGUUGUUAUUCAACGUUUCGUUGAUAAUUUACAAUUUGAUUGUCCACAUAAACUACAAGGCUGUCCCGCAAAAGUGCCACGAGUCGACUUAAUCAUACACAAACAAACAUGCCAAUACUCUCCGGAGAAGCUCGAUUCGAAGCAUCGGAAAAAAGUCGAAGAACUACAAGUUCUACUCACAAGAUACAGAUCGAAGAAGAAUCAAACAACUGAUCGCAUGUUUUACGAUUUAGCAAAGUCAUUUUACGCUGAACAUGAAUUGAAACAUGCACGAGAGUGUUUAAAAUUAAUCAAAGAUACAAAGCGUUUACCAGAAACGAUUCUUCUUCAAGCUCAACUCGAACGCGAUGAAAAUCAUUACGACGAAGCAUUUCAAUUGUAUACACAAGCUUAUAAUCGAGCAACUUCGAACGUUGAACGUAUCGAAAUUCUUUUAGCAACUGGUCAUUUAUACCUGAAAAAAGCUCAGUACAACCACGCAAAAGAUGCCUUUCAACAUGCUCUUGAUCUUGUACAAAAUAAUGCUGAAAAAUCUCAAACAAAAGCAGAAAUUCUCAAUGCGUUUGGUCUUGUUGCAAAAAAAUGUUCCGAAUAUGAUCAAGCUAUUGCAGCGUAUAACAGCGCACUUGACAUAGUUGAUACCCAGUCAGAUCUCUGGUCUGAUAUUAUAUCUAAUCUCGCAGAUAUUCAUCGGAAAAAAGGAAAUUAUAAUGAAGCUCGAGAGCUGUAUCUCAAAUCUCUUGAGCGAAUGGAAUCGCUCUAUGGACAGAAUCAUCCAUCAAUCGCUGAGAUUAUGAAUAAUCUUGGCAUGUUGUCGAAGAAAGAAGGGAAAUACAAUGAAGCUCUCGAUUAUCUCAAGCAAGCGAUUAAAAUUGCUAAACACUAUUACGGACCGGAACAUUCAUCGAUAGGAAUUUAUCUAACAAACAUCGGAGAUAUCUAUCGAAAACAGCAAAGUGAUUUCACUACUGCAGAAGCGACUUAUAAAGAAGCUUUGAGUUCACUGGAAAAAUCUUUCGGACCGAAUCAUAUCGAGAUUGCUGAAGUUCUCAAUUCGAUGGGUUUAGUUUUGAAAAAACGCGCUGAUUAUUCGGGUGCUGAGAUAUGUUAUAAACGUGCUAUUCAAAUAGUAUACGAUACAUUUGGGCACGAUCAAGAACAUUAUAAACUAGGAAUCUAUUACAACAACCUAGCUGAUUUAGAUCGAAAACGAAAUCGAUUUCAAGAAGCGUUAAAAUUGUAUCAACGUGCUUUGACAGCGAUUGAAAAAACACUCGGCUCAGAACAUUCCGAAGCGGCAGAGAUCCUACAUAAUAUUGGUCAAGUUCAACAUCAACUCGAGAAUUACAAAGAAGCCAUCGAUUAUAUUAAUCGUGCACUAGUUAUCAUAAAGAAAGAAUUUAGUACAAAACAUUACAAGUACGGAAUGUUUCUUAAUUCUCUCGGUUUAGCUUAUGCAAUGCUAGAGGAAUAUCAGACAGCUUAUGGGCAUAUGAAAGACGCUUUACAAAUCUUAUUAUCUGCAUUGGGAAGUGGACACAUUGAAGUUUGUGAUGUGUAUGCGAAUCUCGGUGAUGUCUGUAUGAAACUUGUCGCGGAAUCUAAUGGUAAAACAGGCGAAGCUAUCGAUAAACAAGUGAAACUGGAUGAAGCGAAGAAGUAUUAUAGCGAAGCACAACGAAUUGUUCAAGCAACGUUUGGAGCUGAACAUACGAAAGCCAAACAGUUUAUGUCACUUUUGUUUAUUGUUGAAAAUUAUAAUUCUUUUUAA